AUGUCCCAAGACAUGUUUAAUCAAGGGUUCGGAGCCCUGGCACCGCCAAAUCCACGCAGAUUGCCUUUUGAUUUCAAUGACAACGACUCUUCGCUAUCCCUCCCUCCUCCGCCACCCCCUGCUAGAGGCCACCAACGAUCUAGAACCAGCACGGACCUCCCUCCACUAUUUACCCGUACUCAGUCUUCCUCCCCAACGAGAUCCUCUGCAUUUUCCUUCCUGCGCCCUCAGAGCACCCGCUCUUUGUCUCCGGAAAGACUCAGGGCUGCGGAGCUGGGUGAGGACCCUGGUCCAACAGAGUCGCCCACAAAGAGAAAAUCGGGUGGAUUGGCGAGCUGGUUCGAAGGGUCUUCGGAUCCUGUCAAUAUAAGUCUGGUGCCUUCCCCUCGCAAGGAAAAGCUGGAUCCGCUCUAUGAGGCCUCCGCUACCGAGGAAGGUUUCUCCAUGAGUCCAGAUUCCGUGGACGAUAACUUAACACGACGAAUCCCAAAAAGGCCCACUCUAACAGGCCCAGCUGUUUCAACCAUGUCCAAAUUCAACAACAUGUUCAGGAGGAGUACAAUAACACAAGCCGCUCCGGAGGAUCCAGAUGAGUUGGCGCAGCUUGACAUUGACGAGGCUCUUUUCCCGCACGGACACCCCGAUGAAUUUUCUCCUGCGGCCUUCAAAAACCUCCAGCUAAAUGCUGAAGGGACAAUCCGCCGCUUUCAACAGGCGUACAAAGAACAGCGCCAGUCUCUCCGAUCAGCCACAUCCACCAAGAACGUUCAGGCAGAUGAACUCGAGGCUGCCCAGACAAGAAAUGAGCAUUUAAAAUUACAAUUGCAAGAGAUGGCAGAACGAGCAGCAGAGCAGGAGAAGCUAAUUGCGGAUCUGAGGGCGCAGCUAUCAGCACAAUUAUCUCUCGAAUCCCAGCAUCAAAGUGUUCGUAUGGUGCCCCAGGAUAUUGAUCCCCAACCUCGUCCAAAAUACCGCCGCAAUCGUUCGUCCGACGUUUCAACAUCCGGGGAAUCAGAAGCUGGAUCUGAAGUGAGUUCGGUGGUCAGCAUCUUUUCAGAGGCAUUGUCAGCGGCACCUUCUCAGGCUACGUCGAUCGGAAGCCCUGUCAUGAAGUCCGCAAGCUUGCCUAGAGAUGACUGCCCAAGGUGUCAUGGAUUACGAUCCUCGGAUGCAUGGGACGUGGUUGGCAUGAUGAAGAUGGAGUCAGCAGCUCUCAAACACCGCAUUGCCGAAUUGGAAAGUGCACAGGACGACGCGCUGGAUUUCCUCAGCGGGCUGAGGUUGACCUCGUGA